AUGAAGCUGUUUCUGUUGUGCAUGUGUGUAGCCUUCGCUCAUGGUGGCUUGGCUCCACUUCACAUGGCCAAAGAACGCGGUUUACCAAACAAAUACAUUGUUCAACUGAAAGAUGUAGCCGAUGUGGAUCAAGUGGCGGAUGAGUUGGAGGGUUACUUCACUCAGAUGCGAACCCCGAUUGGUAAAAUAAAUAAGAUCCGCCUGGUCAUGCGCGCCCUCACUCUCAGAAUCCCACCACAUCUAGUCAACUAUGUCCGUUCCCUGGAUGCCGUUGAGUUUGUUGAACAGGACAGUCUUGGUCAUACUCAAGGCAAACAGACUGGAGCUACGUGGGGUUUAGAUCGAGUUGAUCAGCGUAAUUUACCAUUAGACAACACUUUCAAAUAUCCCGAUGACUUUCAGGGCACUGGUGUGCAUGUGUAUGUGAUGGACACCGGCGUUAACAUCAACCACAGCGAGUUCGGGACCCGCGCCCAUAUGCUGUACGGCGCCACAGACAACAACGGCCACGGCACUCAUUGCUCUGGAACUGUUGGCGGUGCGACCUAUGGAUUAGCCCGCCAAUCAACCAUCCAGAGCGUCAAGGUGUGCGAUCCAGGCUGUCCCGUCAGUGUCUUUGUGGCUGGUUGUGAUAGUGUCAAGGCCCACAAUCAGAGUCCAAAGGGAGUGGUCUCAGUGUCACUCCGGUUCCCAGCCUCUAAAUCUAUUGACAAUGCUGUGACUGCUCUUUGGAAUGCCGGCUAUGUAGUGUCCGUUGCUGCUGGUAAUGAUGACACCGACUCAUGCAAUAGCUCGCCAUCAAGAUCCGCAAACACAAUCACCGUUGGGGCAACAGAUAACAAGGACGCAAGAGCUUACUUCUCCAACUACGGUACUUGUCUUGACCUCUUUGCUCCCGGCGUAGACGUCUUAAGCGCCAGCUACGCAUCCAACACUGGCACUACUACCAUGUCCGGAACAUCCAUGGCUUGCCCCCACGUAUCAGGAGCCGCAGCCCUUUAUGUAAGUAAAGCCAACAGCGAAACGCCGCAACAGAUCAAAACUAGAAUGUUGAGCGACUCCACGCUUAAUAAAGUUACUGAUGUGAAGGGAAGUCCUAACAAACUACUGUACAUCGGAAAUAUUUAAGUCAUCACAUCGUUGAACAACUCGGAGUGGUUUUCAACACCGAAUAUGGACCAGAGCAGUAAGCAACGAUUUACACUUACUAAGAUGAAUUGACUUAAAUUAAAUAAUCAUUUAUUGUUUUAAGUGUGUCACAUACAAUAAAUAUCAGCACGUAUACACUUACAAAGAGCCCUUUCAAAAACUGUACCAGUAAACAAAAAAGACUUACUUUAGAUAAGGGUGAUGCUGCCCUCAAACGAAAUUGUGUACUUUUAGAUCCGGAAGCCUAUUAUGUUAAAAAAACAUUGAUCAGGAAUUUCUGUUCCCAGUUGAUUAAAAUCUAUAUAAAAGACAGAAUGUUUGCCUUGCAUUAUUUCAUUGAGUCGUUUACAAAUCCAAAUUGGACACAGUCUAUAAUCAGAACACA